AUGGAAAAGAUAAAGAAGAAAAAAGUUGGAUAUAUGAUGAAGAGAUUAGAAUAUCAUAUGAUAACACAUAUUUUAUUUGGUUUUCAUUUAAGACUAUUUUUAAAUACAAUUUAUAAUAAAAAAUGGGAAUGGGAUAAAUAUCAUAUAUAUUUUUGCAUCCUUAUCACAUAUAUAAUUUUAGUAGUUUCAUAUGCUCUUAAUGUAUAUUUUUUAUUACAUAAAUUAGAUUUAAAGAAUUAUCCUCCUGAACAAAUUGAAACAUAUAAGCAAUACAAAAAUAGUAAAAAUUUACAUCCUUAUGUUGCUUUUGAGCGUCUCGAUUUAGUUAAUAUGCCUAUUUACAAGCUUAUUUAUGGAGCCAUUUUUGUAGCACCUUGGAAAUCUGCCAUAUUGUUGUGUAUGGGCAUUGUUAAUUUAUCAAUAUGCAUGAUUUUUUCACUAUUCAGUAAUAAGAGAAACGAAAAUGAAGAAGGCAGUACUAUAGUAAAAAUAUAUUUAAUAAUUUUGAAAGUAGUAUGUAGAUUUCUUUUAUGGGUAAUGGGAGUAAAUAGGAUAGAAAGCCAUUAUUUAUGUGAUAAUGAAUGGCCAAAAAAUAUAGUAUCAAAUCAUACAUCAGGUUUAGAUCCGAUUUAUUUUAUUAGAGAACAUGCAUGUAGUUUUGUUGCAAAAAAAUCAUUACGCAAAGAUUUUUUUAUUGGAUUAAGUAUUAGGGUUUUAAAAUGUGUGUGUGUGCAUAGAGAAAAACCAGAAGAUAGAAAAAUAGCAUUGGAUAGUAUACGAGAAAGACAGCUAGCUAUUAAUAAAAAAAAUUCGAAUUAUCCAUCAUUUGUUAUUUUUUCAGAAGGGACUACAACUAAUGGUAUACAAAUUGUGGAACAAAAAAAAGGUGCAUUUUAUUCAUUACUUCCAAUAACCCCUGUUUUACUUAUAUUUAAAUAUGAUUUUUUAAAUCCAUCUUAUGAUAUCAUACCAUAUGAUUGGUGGGUUAUCUUGAUGAUAUGCAAUUAUCAAUCAAUCGGGUUAAAUGCAUAUUGGCUUCCAACUGUAUAUCCACCAAGUAAAGAAAAAUAUCCAAAUUUAUCUACAGAAGAACGAAUAGAUAUGUUCCAUGAUGAAGUAUCAAAAAUAAUGUUUCAAAAUAUGAAAAAAUAUAAUCCUAGGGCACCUCAAGAUAUAGAUGAUUAUAAUGAUUGGCCAGGAUCUUUACGAAUAAAAUCUGAUUUUUUUGGAAGAGCUUUAGGAAAAAUAGCAGAUAAAUAUUUCAAAAAUGAAACAGAACAAAGUAAAAACGCUUGA